AUGCUGGGUGUGGAGAUGUACCCUAGUUUGGCCCUGGGACCUCAGAGACUGAGCGACUGCUACUACAGAGAUCGUGAAGCUCCAGCACACGUGCCGCUGUAUCCCUCCACCUGUGAUAUGGCUGCUCGCGGGCUUCCUCCUCGACUGCUGCAGCCGCCGGCCGCCUCCGCAGAGACUCCCGGGACUCCACAGGGCGACGUCAAAAUGGAGCUGGAGAACGCGUCCCUGUGGAAACAGUUCAGCACGGUCGGUACUGAGAUGAUCGUCACCAAGAAGGGCAGGAGAAUGUUUCCACAGCUGCGAGUGAAGCUGUCAGGGCUCAACCCGUCUCUGCGCUACAUUCUUCUUUUAGACAUCGUACCUGUCGAUUCCUCUCGCUAUCGAUUUCAAGACAACAGCUGGCAGGUGGUCGGCGGAGCAGAGGCUCGGCUGCCGGACCGCGUCUUCAUCCACCCGGACUCGCCCGCCACCGGAGAACACUGGCAGAACCGCACCAUAUCCUUCCACCGGGCCAAACUCACCAACAACACUCUGGACGCACAAGGAUACAUCAUCCUCCACUCUCUACAUCGAUACCAGCCACGAGUUCAUGUGAUCGAGGCGCGUGACGUGCUGAUGUGGGGAAGAGCCCAGCACUCUUUCACCUUCCCUGAAACACAGUUUAUCACGGUCACUGCGUACCAGAACAGCAAGAUCACCGAACUGAAGAUAAACUCCAAUCCUUUUGCGAAAGGUUUUAGAGAGAAUGGCAUGAACUGCAAGAAACAAAGAGAGGCAAGACUGAAGAGGAAAACCACAUCCAAUCAAGAGGAAUCUUUGGAUAUCGAGUCAUGUGACCCAUGCGAUUCCACUGAGCUCCUCCCACAGUCUGUGGAAAUGCCAAGCUCCGCCCUCUCCAUCAUAAACACCGCCCUCCCGAUGACAGACUCGGGUUUUCAUACAGAAGUGACACCCCUCCCAGAUCAGACGGUCUCUGAGCGACCCCUCGUCCUUGGACAAGCAUUCUUGACCUCUGAGAUUCCCUCUUCAAUAGAGAGUCAACAGCAGACAACCUCUGAAAAUAAUGUAAACAACACACUGAUGGAUGGGUCUGGACAAAUGAUGGGUCUUUCCGGAUACACCUCAGCUUUCCCAACUCCUCAGCUCAGCUCCUCGUCGCAUGCGCAGAUGCCUUUGCCUCAGUCAUCUUCCAUCUAUUCCGUGGUGUCCUCCACACAGAACUCUGACCUUGAGCUUCCCCAGUCCUCAGCGAUUUCAUCACCACCCUCUAUGCCCACGUAUUCGUCCGUGCCUUCAUCUGACUAUCCUGGUCUAAAUACAUCUACAACGAUGCCCUCCUCUACAACCUCUCCACCAGGCUCCUCAUACCCUCCGAUCUCUCCGCACCUCCUCCCCUCGUCAGCCUACCACUCUCUUCUUCCGACAGACCAACCCCAGGAGAAUCUAAGCCCCCAUACACCUACAAAUCCUCCUUUCCAAUCUAUCCCUCCAUCCUCUUGUCAAGGUUCUGGGUUAACUAUCGACCCUGGCCAAAAUCAAGUGGAUGAUGGUGGAUUAAGCUCAGCCAAUGCAACAACCCCUGCAGUCCAAAACCCAACCCAAACCGCCUUUCCCUUUCCUCCGGUGCAGUCCUCAAACGACCCCGAUCCAACGUCUCCUCCAUGUCAAAGUCUAGCCCAGUCCGCUCUAACCUUCCCACCGGUGCCACAGUGCCACCCGAACUCAAUUCCCACCCCUUCUGACCCAAAUACGAGUCCGACUGCGUUCCCCUUCCCUCCGGCAGCGCAGUCCACCCCUAACGCUAUAAUGACGCCUUCCAAUCCGAACCCGACGCUCUUCUCCUUUCCCCCCGUUCAACAGAACCCUAGCCUCACCUUGGGAACCCAUGGACCUACUCAAACUCCAGCAACUGCUUCCUUUCCAGUUUCCCAGUCCUCAUCCAUUUCAGGUCUGAGCACCGUCCCAGCAGUUCCAAACCCAGUUCAUCCAACAACUGGAUCUUUUUCCUUCCCUUCCACCAAUGUUAUCCAUCAAGGCCCAGUGCAAUCGGUUUCCAACAUGCUGCACCCGAACACAGCGUAUGCAGUCCCCUCGUUCCCUGCAUCUCUGCCCAAACACAGCACUCCUGGGCCUCUCCCGAACCCUGUGCCAACAUCGCACACAUCUUACCCCUUCCCAACUCCCAUCCCGUCAGGUCCACAUCCUCUCCAGAGUCUGACUCUGCCCUCGUCUGGCUCGAUCCACAGCGUACCUGCGAUCCCAAAUACAACCCAACUUCAGUCUACCUUUCCCCAGCCAUACCCUAAUCCCUCCUUCCCUCACAUUCCACCCCAAGCGGCAAACCCCUCUCAAAUUCCGUCUCAGUCGUUUCCCCCGAUGCAAACCUCAAGUAACCAUCAGUUACUGUCUCAGUUUAAUCCCCCGAUUCCUCCGGCCUCGACCCAUCCACAGUGCCCUUCCUCUUCCAACGCGUACCCUGCCGUAGCUCCCACUGAGAUAGGCACCUUCUCGCAGCUCAAUUCUGCUGCCCCCUACCUGCCAGAUAUGGUACUGCACCCCUCUUUGCUCCCUUCUCUCGAUUCCUCGCUCUCCUCCUCUGCUCCCCCAUCCCUUUAUAACCCUUUUCCUUCCUACUCACUCCGUCUUUGCCAGGAUCCUCGAACCUCCCUGCAUUUACCGCUAAGGCAUAUUUACAGACAGCCACAGCACGCUCACGCUCACGCUCAGGGGUCUUACUUUGAUCUUGGUGGAAGAGCGGUAUUCUGA